AUGAGUGACAAUGACCUGAAAACUCACCCGUUGGUCGUGUUGGUUUCUGAUAACGGAGAACCCUCACUGUCAGCGACUGUGCCUAUUGAUGUAGUGGUGGUUGAAAGUACAGGUGAAAUCCAGACUCAAUUCAGAACUGUGCCGAGAAAGGAUGAGAGCUUCUCUGAUUUAAACCUGUAUUUGCUGAUCGCCAUUGCCUCGGUGUCAGUGAUAUUUUUACUGAGCCUCAUCAGUUUAAUAGCUGUAAAAUGCCACAGGACAGACGACAGUUUCAGAAGGUACAGCGCCCCAAUGAUCACCACACACCCUGACGGGAGCUGGUCUUACUCUAAAUCUACUGAGCAGUAUGACGUGUGUUUCAGCUCAGACACACUGAAGAGUGACGUAGUGGUUUUCCCUGCUCCGUAUCCACCUGCAGAUGCAGAACUGAUCAGUAUUAACGGAAAUGACACGUUUAACAGGAAUCAAACAUUACCCAACAAACAGAAGGUAAGAAUUACAGUUCAGUGACCGAAAAUUGUGCCGUUCUUUAGACAUGCGUACUAAUUUGACUGUAUUAUAUUUAUUCUAUAGGUCAUCAUGACAUUGUUAUUUACUUUUUUUACUCAUUUUAGUGAUCGCUGAAAUACUGGAUAUUUCAAAGCUUUCAAUUGUUGUAAAAUCGGUGUACUAUUUGCAUGCGGUGAAAAAGAUACCGGCCUUGCUGUCCAUGGUGCUGAAAUACACCAUGGCCUUUACAGUGUAGGCCUGUGAACAUUGUUUACGUUUAGUACAUUCCCUAAUCAUGUCCAUCAGAACACACCAAGGUCAUCAUAUGGUCAUCUGUGGUCACUAACUUUUUUGGGGGAAGAUUACUGUGAUUGGUCUCCACCUCCACAGACAUAUGUGAUAGGCCAUCGUUUUCUCUGUAGAUAUCCACAUGGUGUCACUAUCCGCACACACAGUGUAAAUCCUCACUGGCUGUACGAGGCUCCGCCCUAUACAGGAGCAGUGGUCGGUGUCGAGAAAAAAGGCUUUGUUCGCGUGAGCAGCAUAACAUCGUGGCUCUGGUCUGAUUCUGUUUUGGAUUACGCAGCUAUGCGGGUGAUAGCCUCUUUUUUUAGCAGUAGGUUUCUUUAACUGAAUACCGACACAAUGACUCACAAAGUGGUUAUUUUUCGUUUGUGGAUGUACUAUCUCCUCCCGUUAUGUCAUCUUUGGAGUAUCGCGUCAGCACAGAUUGUGUAUUCCAUAUCGGAGGAAUCUAACCCGGGCACUGUUGUUGGACAUUUAGCGAAGGAUUUGCACCUUGACGUGCAGGAACUUGAAUAUCGUGGGUUUGAGAUUUCCGGACCCAACAAGAGGUAUUUCGAUGUAAAUACAAAGACUGGAAUUCUGUCCGUGAGGGAGAGAAUAGACAGAGACGAGCUCUGUGCUCGGAACACGAAGUGUUUGUUAGAGCUAGAAGCCAUUGUGAAUUCGCCAUUGAAUCUAUACAGAUUUGAGGUUAAUGUUUUGGAUAUAAAUGACAACUCACCUUCAUUUCGGUCGCUUAAAACAUAUUUGAAUGUAUCAGAGUUAGCAUUUCCAGGUGAAAGAUUUACACUUCCAAGCGCCUACGACGCAGACAUAGGAGCUAACUCGGUAAACGGCUACAAGCUGAGCCCGAAUGAACACUUCUCCCUGGAUGUACAGAGCGGUGGAGAGCAGAGCGUGUCUGCUGAGUUAGUGCUGCAGAAAGCUUUAGACCGAGAGAAACAGCCCGUUAUCCAGCUCAAACUGACCGCUAUAGAUGGAGGAAAACCUCCUAGGUCUGGGAAUAUGCUGAUCAUUGUUAAUGUGCAAGAUGUUAACGAUAAUAUUCCCGUAUUUAGCAAACCGCUAUACAAAGCUCGAAUACCUGAGAAUACUCCGCAUGGUGCAUCUGUAAUCACAGUCAAAGCGAACGAUUCAGAUGAGGGCCUUAACGGAGAAAUAGUAUACUCAUUUAUUAACCACGAUAAUUAUAAUAACGUUGAUAUAUUUGCUAUAAAUUCGGCCAGUGGGGAGAUAACAGUAAAAGGCGAAUUGGAUCACGAAAAAAAAAGUGCUGUUGAAAUCCGUGUGCAAGCAAAAGACAGAGGCCCAAAUCCCAGAGCAUCUCACUGUAAAGUGUUAGUCGAAAUUACAGACGUGAAUGACAAUCCACCAGAGAUAUCUGUAACGUCUUUAGUUAACAUUGUGAAAGAGGAUGCGUCACUAGGGACAAUGGUUGGCCUGAUAACAGUGAAAGACAAUGACGCAGGCAAAAAUGGCGCUGUUCAGGUUAAAAUACUAGGCUCUGUGCCAUUCACGAUAAAGAACUCAUACAAGAAUCAUUAUUCUUUAGUGGUUGAUGGGCCUCUGGACAGAGAGAGCGCUUCUCAGUAUAAUGUUACCAUCACAGCUACGGAUGAAGGGACCCCGCCUCUCUCCAGCACCAGCGUUAUUACUGUACACGUUUCUGAUGUGAAUGACAACGCUCCUCGCUUCUCAGAACCCGUGAUUAAUGUUUAUGUGAAAGAGAACAGCCCAGUAGGAGACGUAAUUUAUACGAUGUCUGCUUUUGAUCCAGAUUCAGAUGAAAAUGCAAAGAUGA